CGUUCCGUCCGGGCCCGUUCCGGCGGCAUGGCGGCCGUGCGGGAUGCGGCGGGCGCCGGGGGGCCCCUGUUCCGGCCCCUCAGCGCCGAGGACGGCGAGCAGCGCCCGGCAGAGAUCGAGUCCCUGUGCAUGAACUGCUUCCGCAACGGGGUGACGCGGCUCCUGCUCACCAGGAUCCCCUUCUUCAAAGAGAUCAUCGUCAGCUCCUUCACCUGCGACAGCUGCUCCUGGUCCAACACGGAGAUCCAGUCCGCGGGCAGGAUCCAGGAGCAGGGCGUGCGCUACAGCCUGGCCGUGGCCUCCCGGCAGGACAUGAACAGGGAGGUGGUGAAGACCGACUGUGCCACGGCUCGGAUUCCAGAGCUGGACUUUGAGAUCCCUGCGUUCACCCAGAAGGGAGUGCUCACCACCAUCGAAGGGAUAAUUGACCGGGCUGUCGCGGGCCUGGAGCAGGACCAGCCCGUGCGCAGGGCGACGGACCAAGAAGUGGCCAGCAAGAUUGACGAGUUCAUCGUCAAGCUGAAGCAGCUGAAGGAAGUGCAUUCCCCCUUCACCUUCGUCCUUGAUGAUCCUUCCGGGAACAGCUUUGUGGAGAACCCUCGGGCGCCGCAGAGGGACGACGCGCUGCUGGUCACUCACUACAGGAGGAGCCCGCAGCAGGCUGCCAUGCUGGGGCUGCAGGAAGAGGAGCUGGAUGAGACGCCAGCUGAGCCUGCCGAGGACCUGAGGAACGAGGUCCUGCAGUUCAACACCAACUGCCCCGAGUGCAAUGCUCCAGCCAACACCAAUAUGAAGCUAGUCCAAAUCCCUCACUUCAAGGAGGUGAUUAUCAUGGCCACCAACUGUGACUCCUGCGGGCACAGGACCAAUGAGGUGAAGUCUGGAGGAGCCAUUGAGCCACAGGGCACCAGGAUUACCCUUCGGAUCACAGACCCUUGCGACAUGACGAGGGAUGUCCUCAAGUCAGAGACCUGCAGUGUGGAGAUCCCAGAGCUGGAGUUCGAGCUGGGGAUGGGAGCACUGGGGGGGAAAUUCACCACGCUGGAAGGGCUGCUGAAGGACAUCCGAGACCUGGUUGAGAGAAACCCCUUCAGCCUGGGGGACAGUUCCACACCCAGCAGAACGGAAAAGCUGCAAGAGUUUCUGGGGAAGCUGCAGGAGAUCAUAGAGGGCAAGAUGAAGGCUCGCUUCAUCAUGGAUGAUCCUGCGGGUAACAGCUACCUUCAGAAUGUCUACGCUCCAGAUGAGGACCCGGAGCUGCAGGUGGAGCGCUACGAGCGCACGUUCGAGCAGAACGAAGACCUGGGCCUUAACGACAUGAAGACAGAGGGCUACGAGGCAGGUGCAGGCCGGUAGCCACGGCCGCCGUCCGCCUCUUCCUGGGUAGCUUCAGUGUUUGGGGGGGAGCCGGCUGCGCGUGUGUGGGGAGGAAGCCCCCGAAUAAAAGGAGUUGUCUGGUA